AUGGCGGAUGACGCGCAGCAUGAGCACACCUUCGAGUCCGCCGACGCUGGCGCCUCGGCCACCUUCCCCAUCCAAUGCUCGGCCUUGAGGAAGAACGGCUUCGUCGUCAUCAAGAACCGCCCUUGCAAGAUCGUCGACAUGUCCACCUCCAAGACCGGCAAGCACGGACACGCAAAGGUCCAUCUUGUCGCCAUCGACAUCUUCACUGGCAAGAAGCUCGAAGAAUUGUGCCCAUCCACCCACAACAUGGAUGUUCCCAACGUCAUCCGAAAGGAAUACCAGCUGCUCGAUGUUUCCGACGAUGGCUUCCUUUCCUUGAUGGCCGAUGAUGGCGAGACCAAGGAUGAUGUCAAGGUUCCCGAGGGCGAGAUUGGCGAGAAGAUUGACAAGCUCUUCACCACCGAAGAGAAGGAUACCAAUGUCAUUGUUCUUACAGCUAUGGGCGAGCAGGCUGCUAUUGAAGCCAAGGAAGCCCCCCGCGGUUAG